GUUUUGACAGGUCGAAUGGUGUAUGCUGAAAUGGUGACUGGUGGAGGUUACAAAUCAUUUAUUCGUAGAAAUGCCUUGUGUAACCUACCUGUUAUAACUCACGAAACAUUUAGCAGGUACACAAGCAUGAUUACCAGGGUAUCCAUUCAGUCAUGCAACAGAAUUCUAGCAGAAACAAGGGCAAUCGUGCGUAAGGAAUAUGCCAAACAAGACACUUUGCCAGACGCACGUGGAGUUGUUGAUAUUGAUGUGACGUAUGAUGGCACCUGGCAUACUAGGGGCCAUCAUUCUAAUUUUGGCAUUGGUGUGGCUAUUGAUGCCGUGACAAAGCUUGUAGUUGACUAUCAAGUGUUGUGUAAAUACUGUUUCUUGUGUGCCAAUAUGGAAAGUCGUUUGAAAAAGAAGAAAAUUACUGUGGAAAUGUAUGAAAAUUUUAAAGAAAAACAUGAAAGGAAAUGCAACAAAAACUAUUCCGGCUCCUCAGGAAAAAUGGAGGUAGAAGCUGCACUCAUCAUUUGGCAAAGAUCACUGAAGCAGAAGUUGAGGUACAAGACCAUAGUGUCUGAUGGUGAUAGUGCAACCUACAAAGGAAUUACUGAACUCAAUGAUGGUGCUGGUCCAUACCAAGGUUUACAAGUUACAAAAGAAGAGUGCAUCAACCAUUAUGCAAAGCGGCUGAAAAAUAGGUUGACAAGCUUGGUAAAAUUGCACUACACUGAAAAACAACUUAGAGCCGGAAAAAAGAGAAAGGAGUAUCAUGUGAAGGGGAAAGGAAUGUUGACAGAUUUCAUGAUUGACAAGCUUGCUCAGUAUUUUCAGAAGAACCUAAGGGACAGUCGUGGAACUGAUGUUGAAACUAUGAGGAAUGGAAUACUUGCAAGCUUCUUUCACUGUUCCUCUACUGACGACAACCCAGAGCAUCACCUUUGUCCACCUGGUUCUGCUUCAUGGUGCUUUUACCAGAGGGCACUGGCAGACAACCUACCACCACCAUCCCACUCAACCAUGAAAGUGAAGUUUCACCUACAACCCGACGACUUCAACAAGGUGCAUGAAAUCUACAAGGACCUCACCCGAGAUGACAUGAUGGAACGAUGCAUACAGGGACGAACACAAAACCCAAACGAAAGCCUUCACCAAAGAAUAUGGUCGUAUUGCAACAAAGCCCUGUAUAGAAAUAAGUGGCAAGUUGAUUUCGCUGUCAGCCACGCCAUAGCCGAGUACAAUGUAGGAUACGAAAGAAGUUGUUUGGACAUACAACUUGGAUAUGGGCGUUCCUUAUUGAACCAAAAACGCCUAAAGGAUAUGGACAGAAUAAUGCAGAGACUCAAAGCUCCAAGAAGCAAGAAGAGGAAGGCGGUGGUGGACACCUCCUAUGAGGCUGGAGCCAUUAGAUGAUCCAUGUCCUGCCUACUCUUCGUCAAAGUUUGAUUGUGUAUGGACCUUCAUGAUUGGCCAAUCUGCCAAGGACUUCAGGAUGGAGGGAUCUGCAUGGAACUUCAGAAAUAUGUUAUAUAUGCUCACUUCUACUCCUAAUAAACAUAAGAAGGCA